GUCUUGUAGCUGAAACCUUUUGUAUAUAUGUUUUUGUGGCACACCUAUUCCAUCCCCCCACUCUCUCUCUCUCUCUACAUGUAUAAUCUAUACACACACCUCUAUAUAUAUGUGAAUAUACUGGAGUGAGAAAGAGCAGAUUCGUCCCUUCAUUUUCUUCAAAGCCCAUUUUUUCAUAUAAGCUUAAGACCAAAUAUUUAAGAAAAUAAAUAGUAGUAAUAAAGUUAUUGUUGUUAUAGUAAGAGUAGAAGGAUGGGAAGUGAGGGUGAGAUGAAGCUAUCAAAGUUUGGGAGAAUUUGUGUGUUCUGUGGGAGUAGUCAAGGGAAAAAGAGUAGCUAUCAGGAUGCUGCUAUUGAGCUUGGCCAAGAAUUGGUGUCAAGGAACAUUGAUCUGGUGUAUGGAGGGGGGAGCAUUGGCCUGAUGGGAUUGAUUUCUCAAGCUGUUCAUGAUGGUGGUAGGCAUGUUAUUGGGGUUAUUCCCAAGACGCUCAUGCCUCGAGAGUUAACUGGUGAAACAGUGGGGGAAGUGAAGGCAGUAGCAGAUAUGCACCAAAGGAAAGCUGAGAUGGCUAGGCACUCAGAUGCUUUUAUUGCAUUGCCAGGUGGUUAUGGCACUCUUGAGGAACUCCUUGAAGUAAUAACUUGGGCUCAACUUGGUAUCCAUGAGAAACCGGUGGGACUGCUCAACGUGGACGGAUACUACAACUCGUUACUGUCAUUUAUUGACAAAGCGGUUGAGGAAGGCUUCAUUAGCCCAAGUGCGCGCCAUAUUAUCGUAUCUGCGCCAACAGCAAAAGUGCUGGUUAAGAAAUUAGAGGAGUAUGUUCCCCGCCAUGAGAUAGCUGCUUCUAAGUUGAACUGGGAGACAGAGCAGCUUGCUUACCCUCCAGCAUAUGAUAUCUCCUGAUGAAUUUGGGUAGAACAGUAUGGUAGAUGAAUGAUAUUUGGCAACGAAGAAGCUAACUGAAGAUUACUAUUAGUUUUUACUGUUUGGAGAUGGGGAUUCGUUCUUUUUGUAAAUUACUGCUAAAUGACCUCAGUUUAAACUUGUUUAGUACUCUAUCUCCACUUGAAAGUUGUUUACUUUGAAAUCAUUGUAAGUAUUUAGUACUUAAUUGAUGCAUAUGAAAUUUCCUCCAAUGUGGUUGACAUGUUUUAGUGAUUUUCUUCCAAAUACAAAA